GUAAUAAGGAAACAAGGGAGUGUAACGUGGCAUGAAUUGUAAAGGUGCCACAUACCCAAACUUGCAUGCUAUCCCUAAUACUAUGCAGCCACGCACCUAUUUGCCCAUACCCAUUCUCCAUCCUUGUCAUUCUUUUCCUUCACUUUCUCACUCAUUUUCUCUCUCUCCAACCACUCCUAUAAAACCCUUUUCUCUUCUUUUGUUCCCCACCUCAUCAACAUUCAACACCGCCUCCUCACUCACUCACUCACUCUUUUUCAUUCUCUCUCGUUAACAUAUAUUAUUCCCUUGCUAUAUAUUCAUCUGAUCUGAUCAGCUAAUCAUAUACAUAUAUAUCAUGAGUACCGGCGUUUGUUCUGACCAACAAAAGCUCCACCACCUCCUCCUUCGAGAUAUCAACAUUCCGCCGAGAAAGCUCGUCGGCCGACGCCACCAAGAGCUCGCUGCCGACAUGUUUUCAGGUGGGUCGCCGAGGUUCUCCCCCGGCCACGACGAGAGCACUCUCUUUCAGAAGUUCCUUCCCUACAACAACUCUGGCGAAGGAGAAUCCGACGACGACGGAGGAUCUGACCCGUACUCGUCCGAUCACUUUCGGAUGUACGAGUUUAAAGUCCGAAGGUGUACCCGCAGCCGGAGCCAUGACUGGACUGACUGCCCUUUUGCCCAUCCUGGAGAGAAGGCUCGCCGGAGAGACCCCCGCCGUCACCACUACUCCGGCAUGGUCUGCCCAGAUUACCGCCGCGGUGGCUGCGGCCGAGGUGAUAGCUGUGAGUUCGCUCAUGGUGUCUUCGAGUGCUGGCUUCACCCGGCGAGGUACAGAACCGAGGCUUGUAAAGAUGGGAAGAACUGUAACAGAAAGGUUUGUUUCUUUGCUCAUUCUCCUCGUCAGCUCCGGAUCUUGCCUCUUCACUCUAAUGGUUCUCCACCGGAAAUGGCUUCUCCGGUCACUUCCAAGAAAAAAAGCAAAUACCCAACAUCUCUUAACUCACCUAGUUCUAACCACUGCUGCGUUUUCUGCUCCUGCCAUAACUCCACUACCUCUUCUCCCACCUCGACUCUUCUGGGCAUUUCCCAUUUUUCGCCGCCGAUGUCGCCCGAGAAAUUUUCUCCUAUCUCCGGCUACAACAAGGAACAUUACGCCGCCGCAGCUUCCGCCGGCGGUCACUAUUCUGGACCUGGUAUUAGCUACAAGGAAGCGCUCACUGAUCUGAUGAGCUCCAUUGAGUCCAUGAAUUUCAACGAAGCUGCUUCACCGGUUUCUCCCAUAUCAGUCGCCGGCGGUGACCGUAGUCAUCCUUGGGUCGACAUAUUUCCGUUCAACACCGCCGACGAUCAACAACAGUUUAUUCUUUCACCCUCUACUCCGAGUUACCCAUCUGGGUCUGAGAAUUUUUUCGGUAGCGGCAGCAGUCCCUGGUCUAGCAAGAGGUACAAUGAUAUCGUGAACGAGAAUAAUAGUAACAAGCUUAAGCUCAACGAGGUUAACAAUGGUGGAUCGGGUUCGGAUCCGGAUCUCGGGUGGGUCAACGAUCUCUUGAUGUAGGAGGAGAGAAGAAGAAGAAGAAGGUCAUCAUACCAUGACAAUGCAAGAAGAUGCAUAUAUGGUGAUUUUCAGAAGUGUAUAUAUGGAUGCACCAGCCGUAUAUAUACAUAUGCAUGAUCAUGACUCUUAUGAUAUAUAAAUAUAUAUAUGAAUAUUUAGUGUUUGUUAUUUGAUGAUCGUUGUAUUAUAUUAAUCUUGAUUUGGAUUAUUACUACUAUUGUUUUUUAAAUUAAUAAGAUGUUGAAAUGAGAUGUAAUGUGAUGUGAUCUUCGAGUCCACUAGACUAAUGUUUGAAGAUGAUCACUACUUGACAAGUAAACUAUUGUAGUCUUGAAAAAAAUUUAGUCUUUUUGUUUUUUUUUUUUAAAUCAUGUAGAUACAGAGCUUAGAUUUGAUCUUUUGUAUUUUGAUCAAGACUUUUUCUAAAGAGAAAUGGAAAAUUGAUCUGUAUUUUCUAUCA